AUGCCAAGCCGACACAAGCCCACCAAGAACAGGUUUAAGAAGUGCAGUGCUUUCUUGGAAAAGGUGCAGACCACAGAGGAUGUAGGCGCAGGCCCAGCCUUCGUGGGGUUGUUUUUUUGUCGCUCCUUUAAUCGAGUCGCGAAGAAAGCGCCUCGAACAGGCCGAGCCUCGCGGUGUGGGCGGCAGCUGUGCCGCCGGAGCGCCUUGGGCCACCCGACCCACUUUCUCUCCUCGGGGUUUCCAGGUGUCAUCGGACUGGUGGCCCUGUACCUGGUAUUCGGCUAUGGAGCCUCUCUCCUCUGCAACCUGAUAGGAUUUGGCUACCCAGCCUACGUCUCAAUUAAAGCCAUAGAGAGCCCCAACAAAGAAGAUGACACCCAGUGGCUGACCUACUGGGUAGUGUAUGGUGUGUUCAGCAUUGCCGAAUUCUUCUCUGAUCUCUUCCUGUCAUGGUUCCCCUUCUACUACAUGCUGAAGUGUGGCUUCCUGCUGUGGUGCAUGGCCCCGAGCCCUUCUAAUGGGGCUGAACUGCUCUAUAAGCGCAUCAUCCGUCCUUUCUUCCUGAAGCACGAGUCCCAGGUGGACAGUGUGGUGAAGGACCUGAAAGACAAAGCCAAAGAGACUGCAGAUGCCAUCACUAAAGAAGCCAAGAAAGCGACCGUGAAUUUACUGGGUGAAGAAAAGAAGAGCACCUAAACCACUGGCCGGAUAAAACCUUUCUGCCCUUGCUGUACCUUCCUGUUAGAGCUCGAUGUUGUAUUAGGAACUGUGGUAUAAUCAUUUUAAUAAUAUUGCCUUGGAAACAUUUUUGAUAUAUAAAAAAAGUGGAAUGUGUUGUAAGUUUCUUUGCUUACUUUUACUGUCUAUAUACAUAGAGAACAUUUUAAUUUAAACUUAAUGCAGUGGGCAGUGUCCAAAUUCUUGGAAAAUAUGUUUUGCCUCCAGGUAGAAAAAGAUGUAUGUUACUCUCCUGCAGGAAACAUAAACUUAAAAUAAAAUGAUAUAUCUCACAGAC